CGGCUAUAGUGGAAACAACGACUCGCUGGCCUUCCGGCUUCUUCGAAAGUUUCGUGUUCCUAAUGCCUAGCUUUCUUGCGCGAUUCUUGGGUCUUUCCUUCAGAACCGAACGUUUGAUAAUGAAUAUCAUAGGAUUAAUUAACAGCACGCUCGAUUGGAGCCCUCUUAAAUGGACGAACGAACUCGAACAAAUACAAAAUAUAUCUCUGUCGUAUAGCACGCUUAUUCUUAGCACUAUUGGCGAGGACAGGAUCAAAUCUGUUUUAUCAUGGAUCGUAAUCAUACGAAUAAUUAUCGCCCACAUCUACACGUUCACCUACUUGACGAAUAUUUAUCCAAUAAUCACGUGGAGCCGACCUUGUUUAUUAUUACCAUGGUUGAUCCUUAGUUUUUUCAAAAAUGUAGUACUAGAGGUGAUCGUACUUGCUGUUUGUCUUUUGUAUUGGUACGACAAGAGGUUCUCUCUCGCCAUAUUCUUGGAGUUCAUAAUCGUUAAACUUGUACCUUUAAUUCUCGCCUCGUACAAUUGGUAUUCCAAUUCCUGUCUCUUCUUAGAACUACGAUACGCGGAGAAAUUAAGGAAGUUAAAAAGGACCUUAAAAAGUGACACAAACUUCGUUACCAAUCGCUUAUGCAUGAAAAUCGCCGAUUCGAAAUACAGAACCAGAUCGUUGACCACCUUGCUAUCGUACGAAAGUUACGACACUUUUAAUUCGCAGGAUACUAUUUCACGAAUCCUCGAUGAUAACGAUUUAACACCAGCAGAGAAAACGAUAAUGAUCCUUGGUAUCACUGAACAAGAUAUUAUCGAUGCCCGUGCUGGUAAAAAAGAAAGAGAAGAUUAUAAAAGGCUGACCGAAGUGGACGAUAAACUUUUCAAAGCAAGGAAAUUCGCAUUGAAAAAAUUUUAUAUGUUAACCAAGGAUUAUGAAGAUCAGGAGUCUUUCUUCAGGCCAAAUAAUGAGGAGCUGGUUGAAGAUUCACUUGUGAUCGAAGAAGUUCCAUUGCCAUCAGAGGCCCCAACGGAAACCAUCGUCGAAACUCUACCGGAAGUAACAGAAAAUCCUAUUGAGAGAUCAGAGUUGAAUAAUUCAGGAAAAGUAGAUGAACUAAAAUUGAAUAAUCCAGGAGAAAUAGAUACACGAAAAUUGAAUAAUCCAGGAAAAGUAGAUGAACCAAAAUUGAAUAAUUCAAAAAAAGUAGAUGAACCAAAGUUGAAUAAUUCAGGAGAAAUAAAUACACUAAAAUUGGAUAAUCCAAUAAAAGUAGAUGAACCAAAAUUAAAUAAUUCAGGAAAAAUAGAUACACCAAAAUUGGAUAAUCCAAUAAAAGUAGAUGCAACAGAACCUUCAUCUAAUGAGGAAAAAGAAGAAAUUAACAGUUUACAAAAAAACGAAACGAAGCAGAAUGAAAAAUGUUCGUUUUCCUCGAAAGAUGUCGAAGCAAACAGUUCUUCUACACAAAAAAGAAACUGUCCACGGCUAAGCAACAUGAAACCAGAAACGAAAAACGUAGAAAAUGAUUGCAAUCUUAUAAAGUUUCAAUCUUUGUUCAAUUGUGACUGUUCGGUGGACGACAAUGUUUUCAAAGAUGGAAGAGCACACUGUUGUUUGCCUGAUAACUUUAUGUUGAAAACUUCUACUCCAAAUGAAAGUCGAGAUACAGGAAGAAUAAAAGAAAAUUUAGAAUCAGACGAUCUUAUGAAUCAGAAUGAUGGUGCUCUGAUGCUGAAAAAUUUAUUGAAAAAUGAUCUGCAAUCGUCGAUGAAUCUCGGAAAUGAGGUAAAUUCAAAAGAAUCGAUUUUAGAAGAGAAACUGAAGGAAGAAGUUCAAGUUCCAAAUGAAAGUCUAUUGAUAAAUUACGCGAAAAUAUUGGAACAUGAGAAUUUAAAACAAGAAGUUCGAGAAAUAACGGAUGCUGUAAAGCGUUUAUUCAUCAGUUUUAAUGAAGAUCCUUGUUUAAAAGGAUCGUAUAUAGAUGAGAAAUCAAUUGAACGAACUAAGGAUAAAAAUCGGUGUGGUCCAGAUCAAAAUAUUUCAAUUGGAGUGCAAAAUCUUUCAGAAGUGGUAAAGGAUAUGAAGAUUGCAAAUCCGGUGGAAAAUUAUGAAAUGUUAACAACAAUUGAUUUGGAAAAAAGUAAGGUGAAACUGAAGAGUGCAAACGAAGUACUAAAGUCGAUGAUUCCAAUAAAAUCUCCUGUUCUCACUGACAUAAAUUCAACCGAGAAGAAUAAUUCCUACAAACCAGAAGUCAGGGAAAAUAGAUUAAGGGUAAAUAUACCGGAAUAUUCGUUCGGUGAUACGAACAUUCCGAGGUUCUACAAAGAUUCUAUGAAGGUGUUCGAUGGUUGCUAUGAACAGGAUUUCGCCAACAAUUCCGAAUUGCAAUGUGUACUUCAGCAAUUAGAAAAGAAGAAGUGGAAUCCGUUUGAUGGUCAAUCGAACCUCGAGACUCUCUUACAACAGGACGAUGAAAUUAAUCAAAGUACUGUUCGAGCAUUGAGAAACGUUUCUUCGCCAGUAAAGGAUUGCGAAAAGACAAAUAGAUUCAAGAGCACAGUACACGUAUCUUCAGUGAAUACCUUCCACUCUGAAAACCUAACGUCCCAAAAGACUCAAGUGACCGAACGAUCUCUGGAGAAAAUUCCCAAAAAACUAUGUAAAUUCAGCCCGACAAAUCCGAUAAAGAACUCUUACACUCAGACAGACUCUGUUAAUUCUUCAUCGAAAAUCAACAUCAUCACAGACUCGAAGAACCGUAAGAAAAUUACCUUGAAACGUAAAUACUUGAAGGAUCAAAGUAGCAUCUCGUCCAUGAAUGAUCAUCAGAAUAAUAAAAUAAAAACACGAUAUUUUGCAAACUCUCAGAGUGAUAAAGUAAUAAAACAGUCUAACCAGUCGAAAUCGUCGUUAUCUUCGUCAGACAAAAGCGUGUGUGAAUGUAAGAUGCAGCAAUUGGAAGCUAAAUGUUCGCCAUCUUUAGAGUCCAGGAGAGAGGAUCGUCGAAAAAGUAGUUCUAAACCUAAAGUGGACACUUUUGACACGGUGAACUUGGCCCAGGUGGCUCGCCCUUCGAAUUUCAAUGGCUCUGCAAAUAAAAGGAAACCACCUAUUUGUCCUAAGAAAGUUAAGAAAGAGUUGUCAUCGAGUAUGCUUCCAAAGAUAACUCCUAUGAUUAGGAAGCUGCAGGAGACGAAGAAGCCGAAGACUAAGAGCCGGGUAGAAUCUUCGAAUGACAAAGAAAUGAGAGCCUUGAAGGCUUACAACGAGGUCACUUUGGUAAUGGACAAGAAACAGUUGGAUGCAAAGAGGAAGAUACCUCCGAGUAAAACCACCUUAAACGUGCUUCAUGAAGAGUCUAAGCACCGACUGCGUCCCAGGAAGAGUAACUCUAAGAAGAAACUCGGUGUAGAUAAAAAAUUGAUAUCUGAAGAGUACCUGAACAAAGAGAAUCUAUCUGCUGAUGCAUCGGUGGAUCUUAAACCAUCGUCUGUUGCCACCUCGUCAAAGGUGGUCAAUGAAAGUGGCAAGGUCCUUCAACUUUCUAACGAAGUAUACACCUGCUCGAAGUUGCAGCAGGGUCACACCAAGAUGAACAGGGUUACAGAUAAGAUUUUGGAUAGAUUGUUCAGUAUCGAGAAGCACAGUCUGAGGAAGAGUUCAGCUGAAACAGAUACCAGGAAACAACUGAGCAAGUACAGUAAACCUAAGCAGAUGGGUGACGAAGAGGUUGUCUCAGCCUCGUCGAGUAAGAAGUUGGAAGGCAUGCAAAACGGUCGCGAGCUGGAAAGAACACAGGCCAAGGAGGACAUAAGAGAUGAAUUUAAAUACCUGACUAAUUCAUCCGGAGUACAGCCGUUGAUCGAAUCUGGCAAAGGUACUAAGGAUUCCAAACCUCAGCAAGAUAGUUUGUUGUUGACGAUAAAGUCCAGUGUGAACCAGGACGUAGUGUCUACGUGGUCUUCAAGUACCAUCAGCCAAUUGGAGGAAACCCAGGAAGCUGAAAAAGAUGAUUUACCUGUUAUGAAUCAACCUCAGGCAAUCUUGGAUCCUGAAGAUUCCACAAAAGACCCAACAGAAGUACCCAAAGUCCAUGAAGAAUCAUUACCACUGAAACAGAAUGAAAUUAGAUCAGUACCUGAAGAAAUCAACAGCAAUACAACUAAUUUGCAAAACAACGAUGGUACCAGAAGAACAACCAAUUACACAGACUUCACCAGGAACAUCGACGUGAGCUACCUGGUUCACGGCGUCGUUUUGAGCAACCAAAAUACACCUAAAAGUAAAAACCCACGUCAACGUGACAUCGUUGACGAUGCCACUUCAAGGUUACUUCACACCGCGUUCUCCUAUCAAUCCAUGGACUCCGUUUUGGACUUCGCCGCAGACACGUUGAACGUAAACAACAUCAUGAACGAAACACACUUAGAUCCAUUAGACGACGGUUUCGUUCAACUAAGCAACGAUGUCGUUGACGAACUUCCGCUGAUCUCCCACGAUCACGGCAACCUCGAAGAAGCUAUCCCGGCUAUUUUUCGCGAGUCUCAAGAUUUCGACGAGCAAGCAGAAAAUUGUGACUUGCUCAUCACCACCGUAGACGAGGAACACUCGAAUGACGUUUUCUCGAUCGUUGGUCAGUUCCUGAGGAACUUGAACAUCGGUAAUAUCACUUUGGACAACGUCGAUGAUCCUGGAUUAAGUGUUCUUCAGGAUCUUCUCAGAGGGGACGAUGGCGAAGAGAAUGAUACGAUUGAAGAAGAGAAUGAUACGACUGAAGAAGAGAGCGAGGAAGAUUUAGAAGAUGAUCAAACGUUGAGAUUCAUCAAGGAGGAUGUUUUCACGGAUAUCAAGUUUCCUAUUGUUAUUAACUGGUCAGAUUCUUUGAUUGCUUCGGACGUGGAUCACGAAGAACUGAAUCCAAUGAUCAGAGAUGCAGGAAUUAGACCCACUGGAUUGUUGUGCUUGAGUGGACCAGAAGAAGAAAAGCUGAAAGAUGUAAAGUUAGAAUGUGAAGAGACGAAGAAUGUCGAACAGUCGGUUUUCUUCGCGAAGCUGGAAUAUUCGUCCGGGUCUGGAAAGCUGAAACACGAGGAAAAGAAUGUUUAUUUAGAGGAGGAAUCUGAAAAGGAGAUCGAAGAAGAUUUUGGUAAAUCUAAAAGCAUUUCUUCGGACGAAGCUGCAUAUGGAAUGUAUCGAACAAUCAAAUAUUUUGAAUCAGAAGAGACAGCAAGCGAGACAGAGAGUGAAGAAAAUGUGAAAUUUGAAGAAGAAGAAACAAUUGUAAACGAAGAAGGAGCUAUGUUAGGAAAUGUUGAAGAAAUUAUCAAGGGUUUUCAAUUGUUCAAUAUCAAUGACACGAUAUUAAUGGAAGAGAGCAUGGAAUUAGAAGAAACCGAAUUACCUGAUAGAAAUGCCCAGCCAAUUGAUUUCAAAGACGAAGAAGAAAAAAUAAUACUAAUUGAAAAAAUCGAAGAAUUAGAAGACACUGAAGAAAGUAACGAAAUUGAAAAUAUAACGUACAUUCAGAACAAUCAAGACGACGAAGAGGAGGAGAUCACUGUGUUAGAGAGAGUAUCUCCAUUAACCAUAUUUUUAUUCUGGAUGAUAGGAUGCUUGUUUUACGUUCAAUUUUGGUGCCGAAAAAUAUUCUCAGCUGAAAUUUCAAGCUCUACGUCAACUUUGAACCCAUUCGAAAUUCACGCGGCACCGGUAUCGACCAUGAAGCUCCUUGAAAAAAUUGAAGAAAAAGAAGAAGAAGAAGACGAUUCGCUAAAAGAAAUCGUGAACUUUGAUAUGGAAGCAGACUUCAGAAUGCGGGAACAAUAUUCUUCAAAUAUUAUAGAGUUUACAAAUGAUUCAGAAGAGAUCGAGAAAGAAGUUGAAGAAGCGAUGUUGUCCCUAAGCGAGCACAUCUCAAAAAACGUUAAAAUUCCGUCGUUCUUAAACUCUGACGAAGAGAAAACUCAGUCGAAUUUAUCUUCGAUUGCAAGUGCAAUCAGAGAUACAGAAACUUCCAGACAAAAUAUCUUUCAAACAACUAAUGAAAGACUUCGCGAAUUCCGCGCAGCUGAAGAAGAAAUCAAAACUUUUAGGUUCGAAGAGGCAGAUGAUUGUAGCUCGACAAAAUCUCUCCUCGAACAUAACGAAGAAACGAAAUUGUCUGUUGAUAAUCAGUUGAAUUAUCCUGAAAUAAAGAUCGAUAAAGAUGGACCGGAUAAGGAAGAAAUUCUAGAAAAUGAUGAGAAAAAGGAAGAAGAGAAGAAGAGAUUAAAAAGUGAAACAACUGUUGAAGAAAUAGUCGAAGAAGCCGAAAGUUCAACAGAAAAGAAGCAAUCGGCAGCUAGAGUUCCUGAACCAAACUUCCAGAAUACGGACAGCUUUGAUUCUACGUACAGUAAAAUUUCAGAUACGUCAAAGCGUACGAUUUCUGAUUUACAUGCAUCAUCAAUGGAAGAAUUUGAAGACAGUUUAAAUAGUUGAAUAUCAUUUCUCGAUUAAUUUCCUUUAACAUUCGUAUUUUAAGUUCAUUCGUGAUACAAAUAUGUCUUUGUUUUCUUCGGUUUGAAAAUGUCUAAUUAACAAGAAAAUAUUGUUUAGUUUUGUUUCAUUUCGUGUUAUAUCCGUGUUUAUCCUUUUUAAGUAAUUUUCACUAUUCGAAUGACGACGAUGAUGAUCUCAUCGUACAUUCACCUUCGAUUCCUCGUUUGAUUGUGAUUUCUGUAUAUGUCGAAUAAAGGAUGUAUUUUAAACAAA